CUGCUUAUCAACCUCUCUUCCCAUUGGAUGCUGGUCUUUCGCGGGGCGGGCACUGGGAGGCGGAAGCAGCCGCAGGCAUGGCGGCAGCUUUGCUGCUGCCUCUCUUGGUCCUGCUUCUUCUAGGGUCGGGCGGCCGGGGCCGUGCAGAGCCUCCGCGCGAUAGCCUACGGGAGGAGCUCGUCAUCACCCCGCUGCCUUCGGGGGACGUAGCCGCCACAUUCCAGUUCCGAACGCGCUGGGAUUCGGAUCUGCAACGGGAAGGAGUGUCUCAUUACAGGCUCUUCCCCAAAGCCCUGGGACAGCUGGUCUCCAAGUAUUCUCUACGGGAGCUCCAUCUUUCACUCACACAAGGCUUCUGGCGGACCCGAUAUUGGGGACCACCCUUCCUGCAAGCCCCAUCAGGUGCAGAGCUCUGGGUCUGGUUCCAAGACACCGUUACUGAUGUGGAUAAAUCCUGGCAGGAGCUUAGCAACGUCCUCUCGGGAAUCUUCUGCGCCUCUCUCAACUUCAUCGACUCCACCAACACCGUCACUCCCACGGCCUCCUUCAAGCCCCUGGGGCUGGCCAAUGGCACGGAUCACUCCUUCCUGCGCUAUGCCGUGCUCCCGCGGGAGGUCGUCUGCACCGAGAACCUCACCCCCUGGAAGAAACUUCUACCCUGUAGCUCCAGGGCAGGCCUCUCUGUGCUGCUCAAGGCAGACCGCUUGUUCCACACCAGCUACCACUCCCAGGCAGUACAUAUCCGCCCCAUUUGCAGAGAUGCACACUGUACCAGCAUUUCCUGGGAGCUGAGGCAGACGCUGUCCGUUGUAUUUGACGCCUUUACCACAGGCCAGGGCAAGAAAGAUUGGUCCCUGUUCCGAAUGUUCUCGCGAACCCUCACAGAGCCCUGUCCCCUCGCUUCAGAGAGCCGAAUCUACGUGGACAUCACCAACUUCAACCAGGACAAUGACACACUGGAAGUGAGCCCAGCCCCCACCACCACAUACCAGGACACUGUCCUGGGCACCCGGAAGACCUAUGCCGUCUACGACUUGCAUGACACAGCCCUGAUCACCAGCUCUCGUCACCUCAACCUCCAGCUCAAGUGGAAGAGACGUCCAGACAGUGAGGCCCCGCCGGUGCCCUUCCUGCAUGCCCAGCGCUAUGUCAGCGGCUACGGGCUGCAGAAGGGGGAACUGAGCACGCUGCUGUACAACACCCACCCGUACCGUGCCUUCCCCGUGUUGCUGCUGGACACCGUUCCCUGGUACCUGCGGCUCUACGUGCACACCCUCACCAUUACCUCCAAGGGCAAGGAAAACAAGCCAAGUUACAUCCACUACCAGCCUGCCCAGGACCGGCUCCAGCCCCACCUCCUAGAGAUGCUGGUUCAGCUGCCAGCCAGCUCCGUCACCAAGGUCUCCAUCCAGUUUGAGCGGGCGCUCCUCAGGUGGACAGAGUACACCCCGGAUCCCAACCACGGCUUCUAUGUCAGCCCAUCGGUCCUCAGCGCUCUUGUGCCCAGCAUAGUGGCCACCAACCCAGUGGACUGGGAAAAGGGUCCCCUCUUCAACACCCUAUUCCCCAUCUCCGAUGACUCCAGCUACUUUGUGAGACUUUACACGGAGCCGCUGCUGGUGAGCCUGCCCACGCCAGACUUCAGCAUGCCCUACAAUGUCAUCUGCCUCACGUGCACUGUGGUGGCUGUGUGUUAUGGCUCCUUCUACAAUCUCCUCACCCGUACCUUCCACAUCGAGGAGCCCAGCAAAGGUGGCCUGGCCAAGCGGUUGGCCAAUCUCAUCCGGCGCGCCCGGGGAGUGCCCCCACUCUGAGAUGCACCCUCUCCAUCAGCUGCAGCUGCUGGUGCUCUGGGGCAGGGCCUGGUGAUGCCAGCGGCUCUUUCUGCCACUUGCUCUUCCUGCCAGAGCCCAGAGUUGGCUUCUGAGCCAAACCAGGAC